AUGUUCGCCAUGCUGUGCGCUAACAACGUGAACCGCAGCACGGAGGCGCACGACCAUCUACAUGCCGCGGGGCUGCGUGUAUGCUCCUUCGGCGCGGGCAACCGCGUGCGUUUUCCCGGUCCGUCGCGCGACGAUCCUCGAAUCUACGAGUUCUUCACCCCCUACGAGACCAUGUACCGCGAGCUCAAGGCCGAGAACGCCGAACUAUUCAAGCGCAACGGCGUGCUGUCCAUGCUGGAGCGAGACAUGUUGACCAAGAAGUGUCCGCAGCGCUGGCAAGAUCUCAGCGUCAAGGAGCUCCAAGGUCUGGACGUUGUGCUGUGCUUCGACGACCGCAUCUUCGAGAUCGUACUCGAGGACCUGCAGCUACGCGGAGCAGCGCAGCCCACCGGGUCUGAGCUCACCAUGGCCUGGAGGCCGCUGCAUCUGCUCUGUCUCGACACUAAAGACACACCCGAACACGCCAAAGUGGGCGGGUCGUUGGCACUGGAGCUGUGCCAGGCAAUCGACGUGCUCAACAGUCUAAACGACGGUAUCAUCGACGCCAUUCAGGACUUUGAGAGUCGCAAAAAUGUGCACUUACUGUACUCGCUCCUGCAUGUGUAA